AUGACUACUCCGCUGCUGGAUGUGCUCCGUGAUCUGAAAGUCGGACUCAAAGACGAUAAUGUCUGGCUCGAUCCAACCACCAAGACAUCCACUCCUCCGCCUCCGGUGUCUGAAGAAGGUGUUCUCGCUGAUAUCAAGAAGACUUACCUUUCGCCCACCAACGAAUUGCCAUGGGAUCUACUGGAUAAAUUCCAACAGGUGCCAGAAGUUGACGCUCAGGACAGAGAACGGUUCUACCGUUCCAUGGUGACGAUUCCUCCAACACUCAAACGAACCACUGUUCGUUUCCAGCGAAGCGGUAUCGGGGGAUCCAUCGUUUCCUACAAGGAGACUUUUGACCGCACCAUUUUGGAGUCUGGCAACUCUGCCGUGACGUCGUUGUCUGUCAAACGGAAAUUUGGAGGUAAGGACGACGCAAUCAAAGGAAAUUCUGGCUUCUUGCCUUUUCAGCCUGGAGGACUAACCGCCAACGAGGAGCCUAAGGACUCUACAAAAUUUCUUCACAGAGACGAACACGGACUGCUGGACAUUCCGCAGGGCCUGAGUCGCGGUUUAGCACUAAAGGACGGCGUGCACACAGAUCUAACAGAGCUGGAACAAAAGCAGGUGAACGACGAGCCGUAUGCGGUCCAAGAUCAAGAGCCAGAGGUUAUUGAAGAGGCCGAUGUGGAAGACGAAAUCUCAAAGUUCAUCCCUGCCAGUAUGCUCACCAGGCCGUCGAAAAGAAAGCCUGUUCUUCCACCCAAACGCGAGUGGGCCCAUGUUGUGGAUGUAAACCAUGCGAUUCCCAAUUUUGACGAGCUUGUCCCCAAUCCAGCGCGAACCUGGCCUUUUGAGCUGGAUACUUUCCAGAAAGAGGCCGUCUACCAUCUCGAAAAAAACGAUUCUGUCUUUGUGGCCGCCCAUACCUCGGCUGGUAAGACUGUUGUUGCCGAGUAUGCCAUUGCGCUGGCGAACAGAAACAUGACUAAAACGAUCUACACGUCGCCUAUCAAGGCACUGAGCAACCAAAAAUUCAGAGACUUCAAAGAGAGCUUUGACGACGUCGAUGUGGGAGUGAUCACCGGUGACGUCCAAAUCAACCCCGAGGCUAACUGUCUGAUUAUGACGACCGAGAUUCUGCGUUCCAUGCUUUAUAGAGGCGCAGAUCUGAUUAGAGAUGUGGAGUUUGUCAUUUUCGACGAGGUCCACUACGUCAACGAUAUUGAGAGAGGAGUGGUUUGGGAAGAAGUCAUCAUUAUGCUCCCCGAUCAUAUCAAGGUGGUGUUGCUCUCUGCCACCGUCCCAAAUACCUAUGAGUUUGCUUCUUGGGUGGGACGUACCAGACAGAAAGACAUUUACGUUAUCUCGACUUCCAAGCGGCCUGUGCCGUUGGAAAUAUUUGUGUGGGCCAAGGACGAUAUUUUCAAGCUGAUUGACGCUAAUGGAUCUUUCCAGCAAAAGAAUUUCAGACUGCACGAGGACAAGCUUCUCAAAAAGAAGGAUGCUCCUGAGGGUAACGCCAAGGGGAAGGGUGCUGCUGUUGUUCGCGGCGGAGCACGAGGUGGUGCAAGAGGCGGCCGUGGAGGAGCUCGUGGAGGCUCAUCCAUGUCGGGAAGAAUGUUCAAAAGAGACGGCCCAAACAAAAACUCGUGGCACAAUCUGGUGACGUUCCUGCAGAAGAAAGACCUGAUGCCGGCAGUCAUCUUUGUGUUUUCCAAAAAACGCUGUGAAGAAUACGCAGACACGUUGCGAGGAGUGAAUUUCUGUACUGCUAAAGAGGCGUCGCAAAUCCAUAUGUUCAUUGACAAAGCUGUUUCCAGGCUCAAGAAGGAAGACCGAGAGCUGCCUCAGAUCCUCAAAGUCCGUGAAAUGCUGUCUCGGGGUAUUGCUGUUCAUCACGGUGGUCUUUUGCCAAUUGUAAAGGAGAUCAUUGAAAUCCUGUUCUCCAAGACCCUUAUCAAGGUCCUUUUCGCAACAGAGACUUUUGCCAUGGGACUAAAUCUUCCCACAAGAACCGUUGUUUUCAGCGAAUUGCGCAAGCACGACGGAACAGGGUACAGGAAUCUGCUUCCUGGUGAAUUCACGCAAAUGUCUGGCCGUGCUGGUCGUCGUGGACUCGAUAGCACGGGUACUGUGAUUGUGAUGGCUUACAACCAACCGCUUGAGGAAUUUGCAUUCAAAGAGGUGACCAUGGGCACAGCUACGAAGCUGUCGUCAAAAUUCAGACUCACAUACAAUAUGAUCUUGAACUUGCUUCGUAUAGAGGCCUUGAGAGUGGAGGAGAUGAUCAAGAGAUCUUUUGGUGAAAAUACGACUCAAUCGCUGUUGCCUGAACACGAAAUCGAAAUUGCCAAGCUUGAGAAGCAGCUCAAGGAUCUGAAAAAACAAAACAUCUCUGAUGAAGACAACGCUAAACUUGACCUAUUCUACAAUACGAUGGAGGAAAUGAAAGAGCAAUAUGGCGAUCUUGUCCAGGAGAGUAUGAAGUUGCUGUACUAUCAAAAGAGACUCAAGGUUGGUCGUCUUGUUGUUUACCGUGACCGUGACACAAACCAGUCCUAUCCUGCUGUGACGGCCAGAUGGAGCAACGGUGACGACAAAAUCACUCUUUUGACUCUGGACGUUCAGCAAAGCUCUAAGAACCAGUUCAAUUGCGUCUAUACGACCAAUUUUGGCCAGCCAUAUGUGGCAAAGUUCUUUAGCAAGUGGAAAGCGGGCUCUAAUUUCAAAUUUAUCGACGUUCCUCUCAGCGACAUUGAGUUUGUUGGUGCAUACUCCGUGCGAUCGUACAUCAAUGGCAUCAUCAACAAGGACCCUAAAAGCAUCAGUGAUUUCAAGACUGAAGUGGGCCAGCUUCUGCGCUACCAACGUAAAUGGGGAGAGCUGGACUGGACGGCAUUCCAGAAUCCAAAUAUGAUUGAGAUUCUGACACGUAUUGAUGAGCUGCGGGACACGGUGAUGAACUGUUUUGCUGACGAGAACUUUGACUCGCUUGUCGAAGCAGAGUAUCCAACAUUCAUGAACCGCAAGAACAUUGAAAAACGAAUAGAAUCGCUGAAAAGUCUGAUGAGCGAGGAGAACCUAGAGCUUUUGCCAGACUACGAGCAACGUUUGGAAGUGUUGAAGCAGCUUGGUUUUGUUAAUGACCAGCUGACGGUCACACUAAAAGGACGUGUUGCCUGUGAAAUUAAUUUCGGUUUUGAAUUGAUUGUCACAGAACUGGUGUUCGAAAACAUCUUGGGAACUUUCACUAGCGAAGAGAUUGUCGCUCUGCUUUCGUGCUUUGUUUAUGAUGGAAAGCGGGGAAACGACGAGGGCCCAGCCCCUCUGUGCACGCCACGUCUGGAAAGCGGUAAAGACAAGAUCGUGGAAAUCGUGGAGCAGGUGAUGAAGGUGUCCAACGAGAAUAAGAUCAUAUUGACGGCAGAAGAAGAGCAGUUCCUUGAAAAUAACCGGUUUGGCUUGGUGAACGUCGUGUACGAAUGGGCUAGAGGACAGUCGUUCAAGGACAUCAUGGAACUGAGCAACGACGAAAACGAAGCGGAAGGAACUAUCGUCCGCGUCAUCACCAGAUUAGAUGAAGUGUGUCGCGUGGUGAUGAAUUGUGCGCUUAUCGUGGGUGACUCUGAACUACACAUGAAAAUGGGCGAGGCUCAGGAAAAGAUCAAACGAGACAUCGUUUUCUGUGCUUCGCUGUAUUUAUAG